UCGGCUCAGGAUUAUGACAUCGGCGUUCCGUAUCAAGAUGUGAAGAACCGAGCCGCUGUUCUCGUGCAUCAUGAUCCGAGUGAUGAAAGUUUGCUGCUGGACGGGAUAAUUGGCGACAAUAUAGUGAUUAGACCGGCGCCGAUUUCGCUGAAGAAGCAAUACUACAAUCAGGCAAAGGCGGCGGAAAAGUCACGCACUUCGACAACCACUGCUCCUUCGACGACGACGACAACGUCGACGUCGACGAUGUCGUCAGAGUCGUCGACACCGACACCAGAUCCGGAACACGACGAAUACGACGAGUUUUUGUCGGGCAUGGACGAGGAACGCACCGGGCUUCACGUCGUGUACGAAAAGGAGAAACCGUUGGAUGCCAAAUUUGGCACGGAUUACGUUCUGAUGGAGCCAGACGGUGUUCCGACUACAUCCUCCACCACUUCGACGAGUCACAGCCGCAAGAAGCGAUCAGCCCCUUACGUGAUCUACCCCGAGGUGCUCAUCAUUGUCGAUUACGACACGUACUUGUGA